AUAGAAUGGCUCCGCCGACUCAAAACUAAGAAGGGAUGCCUCCUACUACUAAAAGACAAAGUCCGGUUUUUGCAAGAGUUACAUUCUUCUAUGGUAGACUUUGAAAGUAUAAAGAAGAUUAGAUCAGUCCACUACUGCUGGAAAAUGAAGAGGAAUUUCAAUCACAUCUUAAGAGAUUAUGAGGGUGUACCUCACAUCGUGAACUUAUCCAUAAGGAGCGGAAGAUUAAUAAGUCAUGAAAUUCUAUUAAAAUAUGAUUUUUAUGAGGAGUUCUAUCCUCAUAUACUAAGGAGUAUGAAGGAGUUAUUCUUAAGGAAGAAGAGAAUGAAGAGAAGAAUCAAAAGGAUAGAACUACCUACUCAUUAUUCGGAGGUCAAUUAUAGAACACUAAAAGCUGUGGUAUCUUAUGGACCUAACAUAGAUCACAUCCCUCACGACAUAAGAUUGAAAGAUCCAAACCUACCUUAAGCUUCGCUUAAGCUACUACAUAACCUUACCCUAACGAGUAAGCAAAUAGGAAUUACCUGACUCUUUUGAGUCAGUAAGUAAACUACCUUUAUUAUUGUAAUAAGGUACUUCAUACCUCGGGAAACAUGGCCCAAUUUCUCUUCUUUCUUUUUGAUUUCGGGUUUCUUUAUUGCCCAGAACGCUAAAAGGUGGUCCAGAAGCUAGCCGAACCCGGGCGCAUAAGAAAUUCUCGGCGUCGAGAGAUCGUAAGUAACUCAGUGAAUGCUCUCCAAGAAGGGCUUGGUUUGGAAGAAGGAAAUGAAAUAUGAACAACCGCGCUGGUCGUAUGUAAUAGAUCGACUUUCCUGCUAGUUCUUACUCCAAAGCAGCAUGAAAGUUCCAUUUCAGUGAAGGACUACGUAUCAUGAUACUUUCUGUUUUGUCUAGCCUGGCUUUGGUCUCUGGUUUGAUGGUUGUACGUGCUAAAAAUCCGGUACAUUCCGUUUUGUUUUCCAUCCCAGUCUUUCGCAACACUUCAGGUUUACUUCUUUUGUUAGGUCUCGAUUUUUCCGCUAUGAUCUUCCCAGUAGUUUAUAUAGGAGCUAUAGCCGUUUCAUUCCUAUUCGUUGUUAUGAUGUUCCAUAUUCAAAUAGCGGAGAUUCACGAGGAAGUCUUGCGCUAUUUACCAGUGAGUGGUAUUAUUGGACUGAUCUUUUGGUGGGAAAUCUUCUUCAUUUUAGAUAAUGAAACCAUUCCAUUACUACCAACCCAAAGCAAUACGACCUCUCUGAGAUAUACGGUUUAUGCCGGAAAGGUACGAAGUUGGACUAAUUUGGAAACAUUGGGCAAUUUACUUUAUACUUACUAUUUUGUCUGGUUUUUGGUUUCUAGUCUUAUUUUAUUAGUAGCCAUGAUUGGGGCUAUAGUACUGACUAUGCAUAGGACUACUAAGGUGAAAAGACAGGAUGUAUUCCGACGAAAUGCUAUUGAUUCUAGAAGGACUAUAAUGAAGAGGACGACAGACCCACUCACGAUCUACUAAAGGUAGUUUACUUACUUAAUCUUUAGAGUGAGGGAAUAAAAUAGAAAAAGAAGAAAAAACAUAAAAAAAAGAAAAGAAUGAAAAAGCAUUUAGGAGUAGUAGAAUGAUCCCCUUGCCUACAAGCAAUCAAUUGAUUCGUCAUCGUAGAGACGAAAAAAGGCGCACGGACCGUACGCGAGCUUCGGACCAAUGCCCCCAGAAGCAAGGAGUACGCCCGCGUGUUUCAACGAGAACACCUAAAAAACCUAAUUCAGCUCUACGUAAGAUAGCCAAAGUACAGUUGAGCAAUCGACAUGAUAUAUUUGCUCACAUUCCAGGCGAAGGUCAUAAUUUGCAGGAACAUUCUAUGGUCUUAAUAAGAGGAGGUAGAGUGAAAGAUUCGCCAGGUGUGAAAUCCCAUUGUAUUCGAGGAGUCAAGGAUUUGCUGGGAAUUCCGGAUCGAAGAAGAGGCAGAUCCAAAUAUGGUGCAGAAAAAGCCAAAUCGGUAUGAAUGGAAGAUGCCCCUUCAA